AUGCCAACGACCAAUUCGCCAGUCGAAAGCCGAACGUUGUCGUGGACGGAUCUCGGGUUGGACACGGACGAAGAUCACCCGCGUCGUUUGUUGCGUGUGCGGGACGACGUGAUUGCCUACGGCGGCGACGAAGGCACACUGGUACGCUUACCUUUCGUCACAACGAGCAACGCCCAAAAUGCCGACACGGGGUCCACGCGACCCUUGGCCGUGCGUCGCUUUGAUGAAGACGCCAUACGUGCCGUCGCAGUCUCGGACGACGGAACCCGCGUUGCCGUCGGAACGGAUAGCGGUGCCACUCUUUUCUACCGUUACGAGUUGGAUGGACACGUAGUAGACGCACCUGGAAAGGGGCUCGUCUCCCGACACGGAUUUGUCACGCACGACAGUGACGACAACAACAACAACAACAACAACUCCCACCAGAAACCCUCGGCAGACUUGUUUGGAUCGCAGCCCGACGCCCUCGCCUUUGUCCCACAGCAACGUCCCGGGGAAGUCGUCCGUCACGGACCCGUAUUUGACGCUCCUGUACGGCAACUCCUCUUUCUCCCCGACUCGCAUUUCCUCGCCAUUGCCACGGAAGCCGGAUUGGCCGUUGUUUCCACCCAUACCGACAGCGGCAUUGGUGGUGGCAGUCUGGACGCUAACCACAACGACCACAACAACAACCACAACGUCAAAUACCUCCACCGGGAAGCCCAAACGGCACACGACGAAUCCGGCAUACGCGGACUCGCCCUCUGGCAAGCAAAGGACUGUCGUAUACUCUCCUCACUCGCCAUGGACGGGCGUCUCUGUCACUGGGAUGUCUCUGCUCCCACUCCCACACUCUGGAAACUACUGCACCGCGAGACAGUACCGACCGUUACCAAGCCCGACCUGGGCGAAAUGCUCGGUGCCGAUGCCUGGGAUCGAUCCACCAUCCCCGUCGCCCAUUCCCACGAAAGCAUACUCUUUUUGCCCGGAGAAACCUACGUACAGGCGCGUCGCUACCGCAACCACACCUGGGAACUCCUACAGUCCCCUACCGGGGCCACCAAUACUACCGACAAAGUACAGGGACACAUUGAAGCCAUUGUCGCCAUGGCCCCGGCACCCAACCCUCGAGAUCCGUACCUCGUCACCAGUGGACGCGACGGACGAGUCGUCCUCUGGAAACUACAGUACUCUCAUCACGACAACAACAACAACGACAACAAUCCAAACGACAAUGGUGACGGGCACAUUGUCUUUCAAAAACAAAUCCUCCAGACGGAUUCCGCCCCAACUCAUUUGUUGUGGACACUGGACCAACCGACGCAAACGGAACGUCUCGACAUGGUGACCGCCGACGGACACUGGACUACUCUGGUAGGACGCGACCAGAUUGCUCCGGCCUGUCCAACCACUGCAGUGACCCAAGAGAUCUCCCUCCCACACCGCCAAUCAGCCGAUUCCGUGCGGGAAAAAGAGAAGGAACAUGACGCAGACUCGGACGACAGCGUUGAUGACUUUUCUUCGAACAAACCUUCCACACACCAAAAGAAUCCGUUUGUGGACGACGAGGCGGAGGACGACAACGAUGACGAUACGCUCGAUACGGCCUCGCGUGGAAAACUGGAGACGACCUCACCAACGGACAAGCGCGCCUCCAAUCUUAACAGCAGCGCUCUCGAAGAACACCACAAUGAUCUAGACGACGACUCCAUCGGUGACGAUGACGACUCCUUCCACAACAUUCCGACUCUCACCACGCGACAUUCCGAUUCGAUCCAGUGGCCUGAACCACAACCCGCCUUUGGUCCUUCUUCCACAUCGCUUGAAUUGACUCGCCGCUUUCUGUGCUGGAAUCACAUUGGGUCCGUUACGUUUCUUCGAGGACAGGCCGGCAUCAACCGCAGCACGAUCGACAUUCACUUUACGGACUCGGCAUUUCGUCGGCCCGUUUCCUUCACCGAUAAUAUGGGCUUCAUUCUGGGGUCCCUGGGGGAAGACGGCGGAAUAUUCGCCACCGACUUGGCGGAAGACGAGGAUAUUGAUGAGGAGGACGACGAUAUGGACGGCUUGAACGUGUCGGCUGCUACCAAGGCCGCCGUCAAACGUUCGCGCAAGGGUCCUUCGAACAAACCGACCGGGUCGAGCAUUUACUUUCAUCGCUUCGAAACGUUCGGGUCCUUACGCGACAAGGAUUGGUACUUGACGCUCCCAGAUGGGGAGCGGGCUUUGGGGUGUGCGUCCGGUGAAGGAUGGGCCGCCGUCGUAACGAGUCGCCGUUUCUUGCGGCUCUUUUCUUCGGGCGGCAAUCAAGGAGAGGUGCUUUGGCUGAACGGCCACCCCGUCACCAUGGCUGGACGGGGACGGUUCGUCGCGGUGGUGUAUCACGAAAGCACACCGUUACCAGAUGGAACCCAAAAACUCGGAUACUUGGUGUUGGAUGCGAUGGCGAAUCGCGUAGUUGCCAAGGGGCCAGUGUCAUGUAUUAGCGGUGCAUCGACUCUUUCAUGGUUGGGGUUCAGCAAUGAUGGAUCUCUGCUGGCCAUGGAUUCGGAUGGUAUGCUGUCAAUGUUGGUUUGCGCAUCAUCCUUGGAUGCGGAGGGACCGACGGAAAAACACUGGGAAUGGAUGCCAAUGCUGGACACGGUGGGGUUACGUAAAUCCCGGGACGAUUCCUUCUGGCCGGUCACAGUUUAUGACGGAAAGUUGGUGUGCGUCCCGCUCAAGGGUGGGAUGAAGCAUCCAGAUGCGGUGCGCCGUCCCGUCACGGCCGCUCUCGGCUUUCGUCUUCCCCUGGCCCGGGGUCCUUUGACCAAGACGCACACGUUGGAAGAGCUUGCGGUGCGCGCCGCGAUUGCGCUGGGGCAGAAGAAGGCCAUUCACGAGAUUAGCCGGGAAGGCGACGAGGACGACGAGGACUUUGAAAAAGAAUACCGUUCCCUUUCGGCCCAAGUGGACAAGGUCACGCUAAAAAUGUUUGCAGCAAUCGCGGAAGCCGGUAAAUUGGAGCGCGCUUUGGAUUUGGUGGAGCGUUUGCAUUUGGAAAAGAGCUACGACUUGGCCAUGACGAUUGGCGACCGGCACCGCAAACUUGUCGAUUUGAUCGAAGAGGCCAAGGAUCGCAAGUUUGGAGAUCCGGGAUCGCACCAAGCCGAGUUUACGACCAAAGCGGAAUCCCCGAACUAUCAACGCCCCCGCAUCUCUCCAGAUUCGGCCGGGGCAAAACGCAGUCUUGACGAUGAGGACGAGAACGUCCGAAGCCGUCUCGUGCGUCGCAAACCAACGUUUGCCUAA